AUGCAAGAUAUGGUGAGCACACAAAAGAUACUAGUUGUUAAAAGUCUAAACACUCGAAUGAAUAACUGGACAAGGUGGAUUGCAAUUACUACAUGGACCUGUUUAUUUCUACUGGUUUGUCUUAUACCAAGAUCUAGUGCUUUUCAAAAGGACGUAAUAAGAAAUGGAUCGAUAAUUGGUGCGGCCGAUUUUUUAUCGAUACCCUUUGUGGCUAAUACUAUUGAAAAUGGUGAUUCUGUUCUAGCUAAAGAAGUAUGCUACUUCGUAGCCAUUAAAACAAGAAGUCGUAACGGCACGGGUGCUUACUUCAUUUGUUUGGGUGGAGUUUCACAUAAAGUUCUUGCCAAACUCGCAAAGAACAUAUCAAUCUAUGGAUACUCAAACUAUGCACCGGUAAAUGAUGACCUCUUGUAUAAGUAUAGUGUGGAAUAUCCCCUUGCUAAUGCUGGUCGGACUUUAUCUCAGUCCUUUGUCAUUCAAACGAACGAUGCGCUUUCACACUAUCUCAUUCGACACGAAGGAACAAGCCAUGUAGUUUCAUCUACACAAUCUAACUCAAAUCCUCCCCAGCCCUUUGGCUACGCUAAACAGCCUACUGCUAAUAACAGUACAAUUCUACAAACCGGCUUGGUUAAUCAAUCAAUGAAUGCUCCCUCGACAUUUGGCUGUUUGACUUUAACUGCCUCUAAUUCUACUGCUCCUUCUAAACCCUCUCCGCCUUCUCCUAAAACUUCACCUACCCUUAACCAGACUGGUAAUGCCAAUUACAUCGGCCAGUCUAAUGUAGCCCCUAAUUGGCUGGGAAUCAGCUCUAAUACUUAUCAUCAGCCGUCUGCUUUAAGCACUACCCCCCGGCCGUCACUUGCUAACCCAAUACUAACCCAACCACUUUCUAGCCCACCUCCUCCCACUAUCCCCAUCACACAACCACCCCAAUAUACACUUCCGGCUGUACCUCCUACCAUGCAACUACCCCAAUCUACACUUCCGGCUGUACCUCCUGUCCCACAACCACCCCAAUAUACACUUCCCACAAUUCCCAUCACACAACCACCUCAAUCUACACUUCCUGCUGUACCUCCUGUCCCACAACCACCUCAAUCUACACUUCCCACUACCCCCAUCACACAACCACCUCAAUCUACACUUCCCACUAUUCCCACCAUACAACCACCCCAAUCUACAUCCACGCAGCAGGCUGCUAAACCUUUCGCAGAGAAGGCUAACUAUGUUACGGUGCCAGAAUCGAAUGUUGCCACUGUCGUGAAGCAGCAAAGAACACCUGUUCCUUCUAAAAACGGAAACAAUCCAGAUUCAUUUUCCCAAGGUCUGCCUAAUGUUGGCCAAAGUUGCUACUUUAAUAGUGCCGUACAGAUAAUUGCUUCUUUCCCAGAAAUCCAAGCGAUUCUACUCAAUAUAGUUAAGCCUAGUCUAACCAAUCAAAACAUCGACAAUUCCCUUCAACAUGAGCCUAAACUAAAACGUACUUUGAGUGGAUUUAUCAAUAUCUAUGAGUGGAUGAUAGCCGCCCCGAAUAGUAACCACCAAUCGGAUCAGAAGAUAAGAAAGGUGCUUGUGGGUGCUAUAGAAGACAUGGACAUUGCGGCUAUAAACGAGACAGGAGAUGCCAAAGAGGUUGUUCUGAAGUUCUUCAACAAUUUAGAGAAAUAUCUAACUGCAGCCAGUGUUGUCACCAAGGAAAAUCAAUACGAAGUUGCCCUCCAGAGCCUGCGCAGUCUCUUCCUUAUGGACACUACCGAAACACUAAGCCUAGGCCAGAAUUCUGUGCCUGUUCCUAACCAGCAAGACAAGUACUAUACACCCAUUCUUAGUGUAAAAACCUCUCCUAAUACGUCCGAUGUUCAGUCUCUGGCCCAAUUAAUUAGUGAGAAAGUGUGCAAACAGACCCAAAAGCAUGGAUCUCAAUCUACCUAUGCCAUUCUAACACUACCCAAGUACAUAAUGAUUGAGAUCAACUGUCUAACCGUAACCCCAUCGGCAAACACCAGUCACCCUCCUACCAUUACAAAGUACACAAAACACAUCAAUAUCGACCAAACCUUAAACUCCAACCAUCUUUUAUUCGAGCCAGUAUCCACACCCGUCGAGUACAAAAUCAAAGGCUUUAUAACCCAUUUCGGUCGGACUAUGAACACCGGCCAUUAUGUUUCUUAUUGCAAACGUAACGGGGAAUGGGCCAUAUACAACGACCUAAAUGUCGACCAUAGUAUAGAGAUAGACAAGCACCCUACCAUGGUAAAACAAUCAACCGUCUGCGAAUCAACAAGCUACGAAACGCCCUGUUUUAUCGUUUAUGAAGCCGAGUCCGUUUAA